AUGGCCGCGCUGCAGAACGUCUGGCACCACCGCCGUGUGGCCGAUGCCCAGGCGAAGGCCUGCUGGAUAUGCUUCAAGCCCUCGUCCAGCGUGCUGAUCACCCCGGACAACAAGGACUUCUUUUACAUAUGCCCCGGCCACUUGAAGGACCGCGGCUUCUGCGAGCCCGAGGCCGACGAGGCUGCCGCGCUCGCCGAGAAGAAGAAGAAGGAAGACAUGGACCGCGAGAUCCAGAAGAUCAAGGAGGAAUACGAAGAGAAGCAGCGUCGCAAGAAGGAGCGCCGCAAAGAGAAGGACGCAGACAAGGCCAAGGACAAGGAGAAGGACAAAGAGGAAAAGAAAGACGAGGAGGAGCAGGACAAGAAGGACGAAAAGGAGCGAGACGACAAGAUCAAGGCCCUGUCCAACCCGGACCAGGCCAAAACUGACGACGGCCCGCGCAUCUUUACCCUCCACAAGAACUUCCACCAGAUGCGCAUCAAGCGCAUUCGCGACGCCGACGCUGCUCGGAGAAACAGAGACCGGCUCGCGAACCCGUCGACGUUCCCUUCGGUCCCCACCGGGGAUCUGUGA